GCCGCCGCCAUGGGCGUGCUGCCGGUGCCGGCGGAGGUGCGCGCCAUCCUGCUGGACAUCGAGGGCACCACAACCCCCAUCGCCUUCGUCCAGGAGACCUUGUUCCCUUACAUCAAAGACAAUGUGAAGGAGUAUCUGCGUGCUCACUGGGAGGAAGAGGAGUGCCAGCGGGAUGUUGGACUUCUGAGGAAACAGGCUCAGGAGGACUCCAGCUUGGACGGGGCUGUGCCGAUCCCUUUGGAGAGUGGAAGUGGGGAAGAGGAGCUGGAGCGGGUCAUCCAGGCAGUUGUAGACAACGUGCAUUGGCAGAUGUCUCUGGACAGGAAGACCACAGCACUGAAGCAGCUGCAGGGCCACAUGUGGAGGGCAGCCUAUGCUACCGGGCAUGUCAAAGGAGAACUCUUCGAGGACGUGGUUCCAGCCAUCCGAAAGUGGCGGGAAGCGGGGAUGAAGGUCUAUAUCUACUCCUCGGGCAGCAUUGAAGCCCAGAAGCUUUUGUUCGGAUACUCUACAGAAGGUGAUAUCCUAGAGGUAGAUAACCUUAUUACCUUCUUUACAACUUCUCCCUCUGCAGAGCACUUCCCUCCCACAACUGCCCUUGCUGUAAUGCUUCGUGAAUAGAGUCUGGGACAGGACUCUAGGACAGGUGGGGCAGUGGGUUUAACCCGCAGGAGUUAAGCUCAGCCAGUUGAGUAUGCUGGCAUGGCUGCAUCGCC